AUGCCAAGUCCUUACCAUUGUAAUCGGUCUAUCGGUACCGAUAACAGUAUCGUUCUUGCAGUAUCAUCCACCUCAUACAAUAAUAAUGAUAUUCUCAAUGUCACUUGGUCGUCAAACACAUCUACGCCAUCUUGUCCCGAUGAUUUUAUUGGUAUAUUUUUCCCGGAGCUUUGGGAUAAUCUAACAUGCACCUAUUUGGAUUACGAAUUUAUCGGUAAUACCAGUGGCACCGAAGGUACUCAACAGUGGCAAAUGAUCAAUUUAAGACAAAUACUCGAAUUUCGAUAUUAUCAGCGAGAGCAAAACUGUUGCGGGAACUAUACACUUCGAGGCCGCUCGCCUAACAUUCACGCGAAUAAUAUCAAUGAACCGACGCAAAUACAUAUAUCAUACACAACAAAUGCCAGCGAAAUGAUAGUCACCUACACGACAGCAGCAAAUAUCAACAUGCCUCAAGUUCAAUACGGUACAUAUCCAUUCAAAUUAGAUUCAACUAGUAAUGGCACCUCAGACACAUACAAAGCAUCGGAUAUGUGCGAAGGAAAAGCGAACAUCACCGGGCCACAAAAUUAUAUCGAUGUCGGCUACAUUCAUACUGUUCUUCUUAAAGGUCUAUCACCUAAUACUCUUUAUUUCUAUCGUGUUGGAAACGAGAUUGAAGGCUGGUCAUCCGUUAUCCGUUUCAAAAGUAAAAAAGAAGAUGGUACGUCGGACGCAGUAGUUUUCAUAGCCUAUGGUGACAUGGGCACAUCACCUGUCCAGUCUGGUGCUCAGGGAACUAUUGAUAAUGUGUACAAGAAACUAGAAAAUAUCGAUAUGGUCAUACAUAUUGGAGAUAUUUCGUAUGCAAGAGGUACUGGAGCAUUGUGGGAAGCUUUUAUGAAUGAAAUAGAACCAAUUGCUCAACGAGUACCCUACAUGCUCGGUAUUGGAAAUCAUGAAUAUGAUCAUGUGGAAGGAGGAAAAAAUGAUCCGAGCCACGCGUCAGGAGACGGAGGAUUCAGGCCAAAAUGGGGUAAUUACGGAUACGAUUCCGGUGGUGAAUGCGCUGUUCCUAUCGUUAAACGUUUCAAAAUGCCUCCAAAUGGUAAUAGCCCGUUCUGGUACAGCUUUAACUUGGGACCCGUUCAUUUUCUCAUUUACUCGACUGAACACAAUUUUACUCGUAAUUCUGAUCAGUAUGUGUGGAUUGAAAAGGAUUUACGCUCAGUCAAUCGUAUUCUCACACCUUGGGUAAUUACGGCUGGUCACCGACUCAUGUACAUGACCGAAGAAGGAGAAGCGGAUAUGCUCAUCGGUCUUAUGCUUCAGUUACAUCUCGAACCAUUGUUGUAUAAAUACGGUGUGGAUGUGAACUUUUUUGGUCAUAAACAUUCCUAUGAAAGAUCAUGUCAAAUGUACCAGAAUAAAUGUAAUGAGAAGGGAACGGUUCAUUUGUGUAUCGGGAUGGCCGGACAUGAUCUGGAUACAGCCACAUUUGGAAAUGCGACAUGGAGUCAAUAUCACGAUCAAGUAUUUGGUUAUUCGCAAUUUAUUGUCAAUCGAACAGAUUUACAAUUCAUGUACUUUCACAAUAAAGAUGAUACGGUGGCCGAUCAAUUUCAUUUGCAUAAAUAA